CCCCCAGGGUUGUGGCCACGCGCAGCGGCGGCGGUUGUUCCGCUUCCCCUCUGGCCUGGGCCGUCGCCAUUGCCGAAGGCUCCCUACCCUCCCUUCCCGGCGCCCGCGGGGCUCGGCUGCCGCCCGGCCUAGCAAUAACAGCAGCUACGUUCCAGCGCGGUUCCUCUUCCCGCCCCGCUUCCCUUUCCCUCCCCUCCCGGCCCCGUGUCGCGCGCUUGCUCGGGGCGGCUCCUGAGCUCGCCGGGAGCUCGGCCGGAGGCUCCUCGCUGGGGCGGGGACCUUUCCUCGCUUGGGGAAGUAAGAAGAAAGAGAAGGAAAGGCCAGAAAUUUCUCCUCCAUCUGAUUUUGAGCACACCAUCCAUGUUGGCUUUGAUGCUGUUACUGGAGAAUUCACUGGCAUGCCAGAACAGUGGGCUCGAUUAUUACAGACUUCCAAUAUCACCAAACUAGAGCAAAAGAAGAAUCCUCAGGCUGUGCUGGAUGUCUUAAAGUUCUAUGACUCCAACACAGUGAAGCAGAAAUACCUGAGCUUUACUCCUCCUGAGAAAGAUGGCUUCCCGUCUGGAACACCAGCACUGAAUACCAAGGGUUCGGAAACAGCAGUAGUAACAGAAGAAGACGAUGAUGAUGAAGAGACUCCUCCUCCUGUUAUUGCCCCACGACCAGAUCAUACAAAAUCAAUUUAUACACGGUCUGUAAUUGAUCCUAUUCCUGCACCAGUUGGUGAUUCUAAUGUUGAUAGUGGUGCCAAGACUUCAGACAAACAGAAAAAGAAGGCCAAAAUGACAGAUGAAGAGAUUAUGGAGAAAUUAAGAACUAUUGUAAGCAUAGGUGACCCUAAGAAAAAAUACACAAGAUAUGAAAAAAUUGGGCAAGGGGCUUCUGGCACAGUUUUCACUGCUACUGAUGUGGCAUUGGGACAAGAGGUUGCUAUUAAGCAGAUUAAUUUACAGAAACAGCCAAAGAAGGAAUUGAUCAUUAAUGAGAUUCUGGUGAUGAAAGAAUUAAAGAAUCCCAACAUAGUUAACUUCUUAGACAGUUACCUGGUGGGAGAUGAAUUGUUUGUGGUAAUGGAGUACCUUGCUGGGGGAUCACUUACUGAUGUUGUAACAGAGACCUGCAUGGAUGAAGCACAGAUUGCUGCUGUAUGCAGAGAGUGUUUACAGGCAUUGGAGUUUUUACAUGCUAAUCAAGUGAUCCACAGAGACAUCAAAAGCGACAAUGUGCUUUUGGGCAUGGAAGGAUCUGUUAAACUUACUGACUUUGGUUUCUGUGCCCAGAUCACCCCUGAGCAGAGCAAGCGAAGUACUAUGGUUGGAACGCCAUACUGGAUGGCACCAGAGGUGGUUACACGGAAAGCUUAUGGCCCUAAGGUUGACAUCUGGUCUCUGGGUAUUAUGGCUAUUGAGAUGGUAGAAGGAGAGCCUCCAUACCUCAAUGAAAAUCCUUUGAGGGCCUUGUACCUGAUAGCGACUAAUGGAACCCCAGAACUUCAAAACCCAGAGAAACUUUCCCCAAUAUUUCGGGAUUUCUUAAAUCGAUGUUUGGAGAUGGAUGUGGAGAAAAGGGGUUCAGCCAGAGAAUUGUUACAGCAUCCCUUCCUGAAACUGGCCAAACCAUUAUCCAGCUUGACACCACUGAUCAUGGCAGCUAAAGAAGCAAUGAAGAGUAACCGUUAACAUCAUUGCCGUGGCCUCAUAUUCUUUUUUCCAUUUUCUAAAAGAAGUCUUUUAAUAUAUGAAAAAUAUUAUUCUUUUGGGGUUUAAAGAAAUGGUCUACAUAACAUGGAGGAAAAAAACAAGCUACCAUUUCCUGAAGACAACCAAGAAAAAAUUGCAAAACAGAAUGACAACUUUCUAUUGAAUCCCUUCUUUAGGGUCCAAAAGGAAUUGUGGACUGAAUCACUAGCCUACGUCUUUCAGCAGAAAGCCCAUCAGGGCCAUUUAUCAUGCUUGAGAUUUGCAUUUUAUUUUGCUGACUUCAUUAUAAUAGAUCCCAUUCAUUGUCCCUUUUGGGGUAUUUUCAGUACUUGAAUGGCAGAUUUGAGUUUUGCAGAGUAUGUGUUUUAUCUGCUAGUCUUCUUUUCUCUCUUCUUCAUAACUUUCUUUUCCUUGACUUGCUCCUUUUGAGUUGCUUUGAGAAAUGUUUCUUAUGCCUAAAUUGGAGGCAAGUGUGAUAGAAAUUUUGUAGCUCCUUAUAUUGGCAAAGGAGUUCAAUAUGGUUUAACUUUGUAUAGAAGUUAGAACCAGCUAUUGUUACAUGUAAUAUUUCAGUUCAGAAUUUGAACUGAAGGAAGGGAAGAAAAGUAUGUGAUUUUUACCUUUUUUAACAAAUGUGAAAGAACCAGUUUUAAAAAUUUCAUAAUAGUGAGUUGUUUGGCAUUUGUUACAUGUAUAGAGAGAAGACUAAUAAUCUAUAUUUAUAACUAAAUCAUUGAAACAGAAAAAGAAUCCCAUUGACUCUACUUUCUUACACUUUCGUUUUCCUUUCUAUGUCCUCUUCAGAUUUGGCUUCAGGACUUUGGUUUGUGCCGCUACUUUCCCCUUCCCUCUUUUUUUCCCUUCAUUUUGGAAAUAAGUUUCUGUAUAUGUUGUAAUUUUAGCUAGUUUGUUUUUUAAUUAACCCUUUCUCACCCUACUCCUCCCCCCCCCUUCCCAUGGUAAAUAAUAUAAUAACCAUUGAAUUUUCAGAAUUUAAAAGUUAACCUUUUUUUUUCCAUUUAAAGGUAAAAAAUAUUUGGAGCUAGCAGAGACAAAGUGAGAGGCUUGAACCUUGGUGAGCUCUAAAAUAGAUAAGAUUAUAUUCAUGAAAGAGAAAUGUCAGUUACUUAGAGAUGCAGCUUCUGACCAGUAAACUGUAGAGAUUUGUUAUAAACAUUGUUCCCAGCCCAUUACCAACAUUUUUACUGUCUGUGAGAACUUAAGUGACAAAGUACUUCUUGGUAAAUUCAUGGGUCAUUUGAGAUGUUGAGUUACUUUAGAUUUUUUUCAAAUAAGUAAAUAAUAUUCAUGUAAAAAACUGGAGAAAGAAAGAGUAAUGAAAUGUGCUUGUUGAUAGCAAUACAUUUUUUAUUUUAAAGAUUUAAAAAAGGUCUGUGACCUGUAGCAUUAAUUAUUAGAGUGCCCUCUCUUCUCCCUUCCCCUCCUCUCCUCUUCUUCUCUCAUCAUUUUAAUUGUUUGGCUUUUGGAGGCAGUAUUGUCCCUUCUGACAUGCCAAGAGCCACGUGAAAGAGAAAAAUAUGUGCUUUAGUUCUGGCUUUUUGUUCCCACCAUUCGCUCCUAAUUGACUUCACACCUACUUGCCAUCCUGCAAUAGUACAAAUCAUGAAUAAAAAUAAUUUUGAUGUUUUGGAGUACAUUAGGAGAACUUAAUAUGAGUUUUAUUUCCUAUCAUUCCCAUCAUGUCUGUGUUAAGAUACAGGUAUAAGGAUAGAAAUGGCUGGUGGGGUUUGUUUGUUCUUUUAAUUGGUAAUGCAGGAAGGUAUUCACGAAAAUAAGUAAGAUAAUUAGUGAAACUUGUAUCUAGAGCACUUAAUAGUCUCUGUUUUCAAUUUGAUUCUUGAUUUCAUUUUUCUCUGGAUUAUAUUGGCCUUCUACAGCUAUUACUAAAUUACUUUACAGAAAUAAGCUGGUUUAUUUCUGGUGGAAAGCUACAGUGUCUCUUGAGUUCCAGAUUUGAACAUUCUUUGUAAAUAGUUGUCUGGAUGGAUUAUGAUAAAGAAGAUGCUACCAAUGAAAUAGAAAAUCAACUAGAUGGUAUAAGACUGUGAUCCUCAUGACCACUCUAGAAGGCACUUCCAUGCGUAAGUCAUAAAGGUCAUAUUCACUGAAUGCAGUGCCAAUGCCCCAUUUUUAUGCCUGUGACUCAACAAAGGUCUUUUCAGUUUAUAGAAGCAGUUUGGGGUUUGUAUUUACAACUUCCUUGAUGGUUACCUGCAUGUCCAUUGCUGGCAACGGACUUUGUCAUUAAAACCUGACUCCUAGGUUAAGGGAGCUACGCUGUGGUUUAUUCUUUACUUACUUGGAUAAACUAACUUGUAAUAGAAAUGUACUUUGGUUAAUUCUGAAAUGUGUCAAUUAUUGAAUCUUAAUCUUAAAAGCAAUACAGAAUUGUGAUUUAUUAAUUUUAAAUUAAAAUGUUCACAUGUUGUUGCAAGAAAAAUUAUAUCUGAAUCAAGA